AUGGUUCAAUUGUCUGCUCCAAUUUCUCCUCCUAUGGAAUCUACAGGAGAUGUCUUAAUGACUUUAGAAACCCAUGAUGGAAUUGCCUUACAAGGUUAUUCAUUUGGUGCUCCAGUCCCAGCUGCCGGGGAAGUUGUUUUCCAAACUGGUAUGGUUGGAUAUCCCGAAUCCAUUACUGAUCCAUCUUAUGAAGGUCAAAUCUUGGUUAUUACUUAUCCUUUAGUUGGUAAUUAUGGUGUACCAGAUCGUCAAUUAUUAGAUGAUGAUUAUACUCCUGCUUUACCAAAAUAUUUUGAAUCAAAUAAGAUUCAUAUUGCUGGUUUGGUUGUCGCUCAUUACACUGAAGAUUUCUCUCAUUUCUUAGCUAAAUCUUCUUUAUCUCAAUGGUUAAAAGAUCAAGGAAUUCCUGCUAUUUAUGGUGUUGAUACAAGAUCUUUAACCAAAAGAUUAAGAGAAAAGGGUUCAACUUUAGGUAGAUUGGCCAUACAAAAGUCAACCUUCACUUCUGAAUCAAUUUUAGCUGAUAACUCUUCAUCAAAUUGGGAGAAAUAUUUUGAAAUUCCUCAAUGGGAUGAUCCAAAUAUUAAGAAUUUAGUGGCUAAAGUUAGUAUUAAACAACCAACAGUUUUCACUCCCAAGGAAUCCAUUAAACUUGGAAAGAAUGGUAAACCAAUUAGAAUUGUUGCUGUAGAUGUGGGUAUGAAAUAUAAUCAAAUUCGUUGUUUUGUUAGACGUGGAGUUGAAUUAAAAGUUGUUCCAUGGGAUUAUGAUUAUACUCAAGAAGAAUAUGAUGGGUUAUUUAUUUCUAAUGGACCUGGAGAUCCAGCUGUUAUGAAUGAAGCUGUAGCUAGAUUAUCUACUGUUAUCAAACAAGCCAAGACUCCAAUCUUUGGGAUUUGUUUAGGUCAUCAAUUGAUGGCCAGAGCCAUUGGUGCAUCCACUUUAAAAUUAAAGUUUGGUAAUAGAGGCCAUAACAUUCCUUGUACUUCAACUAUUUCUGGUAGAUGUUAUAUCACAUCUCAAAACCAUGGGUUUGCCGUUGAUACCACCACUUUAACUCCUGAUUGGAAAGAGUUAUUUGUCAAUGCCAAUGAUGGAUCCAAUGAAGGGAUUUAUCAUGAAACAAAACCAUUCUUUUCCGUCCAAUUCCAUCCGGAAUCAACUCCCGGUCCAAGAGAUACGGAAUUCUUAUUUGAUGUAUUCAUUCAAGCCGUCGAAGAGUUCAAUCAAACGGGAGUUUAUAAACCUGUCGCCUUUCCAGGUGGUAAGAUUGAAGAUAAUCGUGCUGCUCAUCCUCGAGUCGAUGUUAAGAAGGUUCUUGUUUUAGGUUCUGGUGGAUUAUCUAUUGGACAAGCCGGAGAAUUUGAUUAUUCUGGUUCUCAGGCCAUUAAGGCCUUAAAGGAAGAAGGCAUUUAUACCAUAUUAAUUAAUCCAAACAUUGCUACUAUUCAAACUUCAAAAGGGUUGGCUGAUAAGGUAUAUUUCUUACCGGUGACCCCUGAAUUCGUUAGAAAAGUCAUUCAACAUGAACGUCCCGAUGGGAUCUAUUGUACUUUUGGUGGUCAAACUGCUUUAAGUGUCGGUAUCUCAUUAAAGGAUGAAUUUGAAGGGUUAGGAGUUAAAGUCUUGGGUACUCCAAUCGAUACAGUUAUUACUACUGAAGAUCGUGAAUUAUUUGCUAAUGCCAUGACAGAAAUUAAUGAGAAAUGUGCUAAAUCUGAAGCCGUUAAUACGGUUGAUGAAGCGGUGGCUGCUGCUAAUAGAAUUGGUUAUCCAUUAAUCAUUAGAGCCGCUUAUGCUUUAGGAGGGUUAGGAUCAGGAUUUGCUGAUAAUGAACAAGAAUUAGUCGAGUUAUGUUCGAAGGCAUUUGCUACUUCUCCUCAAGUAUUGGUGGAAAGAUCCAUGAAGGGCUGGAAAGAAGUUGAGUAUGAAGUUGUUCGUGAUGCGUUUGAUAAUUGUAUUACUGUUUGUAAUAUGGAGAACUUUGAUCCAUUGGGAAUUCAUACCGGUGACUCCAUUGUCGUGGCUCCAUCUCAAACCUUAUCCGAUGAAGAUUAUAAUAUGUUAAGAACUACGGCUGUUAAUGUCAUUAGACAUUUAGGAGUUGUCGGUGAAUGUAACAUUCAAUAUGCCUUAAAUCCGUUCUCCAAGGAGUACUGUAUCAUUGAAGUUAAUGCCCGUUUAUCGAGAUCUUCUGCCUUGGCCUCUAAGGCCACAGGUUAUCCAUUGGCCUAUACUGCCGCUAAGUUAGGGUUAAACAUUCCCUUGAAUGAGAUUAAGAACUCAGUCACCAAAUCUACCAGUGCCUGUUUCGAACCAUCGUUGGAUUAUGUGGUGGUUAAGAUCCCCAGAUGGGAUUUAAAGAAGUUCACCAGAGUGUCUGCCCUUUUGUCUUCAUCCAUGAAGUCUGUUGGUGAAGUCAUGUCGAUUGGAAGAACGUUUGAAGAAGCCAUUCAAAAGGCCAUUAGAUCUACUGAUUAUCAUAAUUUGGGAUUCAAUAAGACAGCUGCCUUAAUGUCUAUUGAUAUCGAUAGUGAAUUACAAACACCCUCUGAUCAACGAUUAUUUGCCAUUGCUAAUGCCUUAUCCGAUGGAUAUACCGUUGAAAGAGUAUGGGAAUUGACUAAGAUUGAUAAAUGGUUCUUAAACAAAUUGCAGGGACUAAUUCAAUUCGGUAAUAAAGUGGCAUCGUAUGUAACCAAAGAACAAUUACCUUCAUCCGUAUUAAGACAAGCUAAACAAUUAGGAUUUGAAGAUCGACAAAUUGCCAAAUUCUUAAACUCUAAUGAAGUGGCCAUUCGAAGAUUAAGAAAGGAAGCCGGAAUCAUUCCGUUUGUUAAACAAAUCGAUACUGUAGCUGCCGAAUUCCCAGCUUUCACCAACUAUUUAUAUAUUACCUAUAAUGCUGAUUCUUCCGACGUAACCUUUGAUGAACAUGGAGUCAUUGUCUUGGGUUCAGGAGUGUAUAGAAUUGGUUCCUCAGUAGAAUUCGAUUGGUGUGCAGUCAGAGCUAUUAGAACUUUACGUGAAAAUGGUACUAAGACCAUUAUGAUUAAUUAUAAUCCCGAAACAGUAUCUACCGACUAUGAUGAAGCCGAUAGAUUAUACUUUGAAACCAUUAAUUUAGAAAGAGUGCUUGAUAUCUAUGAAUUAGAACAAUCCAAUGGUGUCAUCAUCUCCAUGGGAGGUCAGACUUCAAACAAUAUCGCCUUACCAUUACAUCGUCAAAACGUUAAGAUCUUGGGUACUUCACCAGAAAUGAUCGACUCGGCUGAGAAUAGAUAUAAAUUCUCCAGAAUGUUAGAUAAAAUCGGUGUAGAUCAACCGGCUUGGAAAGAGUUGACUUCGAUUGAAGAAGCCGAAGAGUUUGCUAAUAAAGUAUCUUAUCCCGUAUUGGUCCGUCCAUCGUAUGUGUUAUCCGGAGCAGCCAUGAAUACUGUCUACUCCCAAGAUGAUUUAGAAUCAUACUUGAGUCAAGCCGUCGAUGUGUCACCAGAUUAUCCCGUUGUUAUUACCAAGUAUAUUGAAAACGCUAAAGAAAUUGAAAUGGAUGCCGUGGCUAAAGAUGGUAAAAUGAUUAUGCAUGUUGUUAGUGAACAUGUUGAAAAUGCCGGUGUACAUUCCGGUGAUGCUACAUUAAUUGUUCCACCUCAAGAUUUAGAUCCUAAGACAGUUGAAAGAAUUGUUGAAGCUACGGCUAAAAUCGGUAAAGCUCUUGAUAUUACUGGUCCGUAUAAUAUUCAAUUCAUUGCUAAAGAUAAUGAUAUUAAAGUCAUUGAAUGUAAUGUUCGUGCUUCUCGUUCCUUCCCAUUUAUUUCUAAAGUCGUAGGAACCGAUUUGAUUGAAAUGGCCACUAAGGCAAUUAUGGAUAUGCCAUUAACUCCAUAUCCGGGAGUUAAGUUACCAGAAGAUUAUUGUGCAGUAAAAGUUCCACAAUUCUCCUUCUCUCGUUUAGCAGGUGCCGAUCCUGUAUUGGGAGUGGAAAUGGCAUCGACUGGUGAAGUGGCUACUUUUGGUAGAAAUAAAUAUGAAGCCUACUUAAAAUCGUUAAUCUCGACGGGAUUCAAAUUACCUAAGAAGAAUAUCUUAUUCUCCAUUGGUUCUUAUAAGGAAAAGCAAGAAUUAUUACCAUCAAUUGCAAAAUUACAUGAAUUGGGUUAUAAAAUAUUUGCAACUGCUGGUACGGCUGAUUUCAUUAGAGAUCAUGAAAUCCCCGUGCAUUAUUUAGAAGUAUUGAGUAAAGAAGAAGAUCAAAAAUCCGAAUAUUCUUUAACUCAACAUUUGGCUAAUAAUUUAAUUGAUUUAUAUAUUAAUUUACCAUCGGCCAAUCGUUUUAGACGUCCUGCUUCUUAUAUGUCUAAGGGGUAUGAAUCUCGUCGUAUGGCGGUGGAUUAUUCUGUUCCAUUAGUUACUAAUGUUAAAUGUGCUAAAUUAUUAGUUGAAGCUAUUGCCAGAAAUAUUUCUUUAGAAGUUAGUAAUAGAGAUGCUCAAACUUCUCAUACUACAGCCGUUUUACCUGGUUUAAUUAAUAUUACUUCAUUUGUUACUUCCUUUGAUGAUUUUGAAUCAACCACUAAAUCUUCUUUAGCAGCUGGAUUCACCUUCAAUUCUUUCUUACCUCAAACUUUAGAUGGGUCUAGUGUAGGAGAUUUUGAUUCAUUACUUGAAGCCAUUGAUGUGGCUGGAGCCUCUGCAUAUACUGAUUUCUCAAUAUCAAUUGCUGCAAAUGCUACAAAUGCAGCAGAAGUUUCUGAAGCUGCUCAACAUACUGGUGCAUUAUUCUUACCAUUUAAUGAAUUUGCCAAUUCUUCAGUAUCUGCUAUUUCAUCCCAUUUCGCUUCAUGGCCAGAAAAUAAACCAAUAAUUACCGAUGCUAAAACUACAGAUUUAGCUUCUGUCCUUUUAUUGGCUUCCUUACAUAAUAGAACCAUUCAUAUUACUGGAGUGUCUUCAAAGGAAGAUUUAGAAUUGAUUCAAAUGGCUAAGGAGAAGUUCUUAAGAGUCACUUGUGAUAUUUCUGUUCAUUCAUUAUUUGUUUCAAAGGAUGAAUUAAAUGUUCCAUUCUUACCUACAAAAUGUGAUCAAACUUAUUUAUGGGAUCAUAUUGCUGAUGUUGAUAGUUUUUCAGUGGGUGUAUUACCUUAUUUAAUUGCUAAAGCUCAAGAUCAACCUAUUGUUCCAGGUACUGGAAUUGAAGAAGUAUUACCAUUAUUAUUAACUGCCGUUAAAGAUGGUCGUCUUAGUGUAGAAGAUAUUAUUAAACGAUUCCAUGAUGAACCAGCCAGAAUCUUUAAUAUUCCAAAACAAGAUGCAUCGAUUGAAAUUGAUUUAGAUAGACGUGUACUUGUUGGUAAAUAUUCUUCAACUAAAUUAUAUGGUUCUGUUGAUAGAGUAUCAUUCCAUGGAGAAACUGCUUGUUUAGAUGGUAAAGUUAUUACUGCUGCUGGGUUAGGUAAACAUGAAAUUGAACCAAGAAGUAGAUUUAGUUCAAUUGCUGCUAUUCCUCAAUCUCCAGCUCUUGGUAGAAAAUCAAAGGAUAGAGUUUCAUUCUCAAGUGAUAUUCGUCGUCCAUCAUUUGUUAAGGAAACUCCUCAACCAACUCCAACUGAUUUUGAAAAAUUCGGAGCUGAUUUAGUUUCUCAACCUCCUGGUGCUUUAAGUGAAGUUAAUGCUUUAGCUAAUUAUAUUAGAAAUCAUAAUACUUUCCUUAGAAAUUCAGUAUUAUCAGUUAAAGAUGUUACUAGAGCUGAUUUACAUGCAUUAUUUACUGUUGCUCAAGAAAUGAGAUUAGCUGUUGAAAGACAAGGUGUAUUGGAUAUUUUACAAGGUAGAGUAUUAGCUACUAUGUUUUAUGAACCAUCUACUAGAACUUCUUCAUCAUUUGAUGCUGCUAUGCAAAGAUUAGGUGGUAGAGUUGUGGCAGUAGCUGCUGGUUCAUCAUCAGUUAAAAAGGGUGAAACUUUACAAGAUACUAUUAGAACUUUAGCAUGUUAUGCUGAUGCAGUUGUAUUAAGACAUCCAGCAGAAGAAUCAGCCGAUAUUGCUGCUAAAUAUUCACCAGUUCCAAUUAUUAAUGGAGGUAAUGGAUCAAAAGAACAUCCAACUCAAGCCUUUUUAGAUUUAUUCACUAUUAGAGAAGAAUUAGGUACAGUUAAUGGUAUUACAGUUACAUUUAUGGGAGAUUUAAAAUUCGGUAGACCAGUUCAUUCAUUAGUACAUUUAUUACGUCAUUAUCAAGUAAGAGUUCAAUUGGUUUGUCCAAAGGAAUUAGCUUUACCUGAAGAAAUUAGACAAAUUUUAAUUGAUAAUAAUAUGUUAAGAGUUGAAUCUGAAGUAUUAACAAAAGAAAUUAUUGCAAAAUCAGAUAUCUUAUAUUGUACAAGAGUUCAAGAAGAAAGAUUCCAAGAUAAACAAGAAUAUUUAAGAUUAAAGGAUACUUAUAUUGUUGAUAAUAAGAUUUUAUCUUAUGCUAAACAACAUAUGGCAGUUAUGCAUCCAUUACCAAGAACUAAUGAAAUUAGAGAAGAAGUUGAUUUCGAUCAAAGAGCUGCUUACUUUAGACAAAUGAGAUAUGGUUUAUUUGUUAGAAUGGCCUUAUUAGCUAUGGUCAUUGGAGUAGACUUUUAG